UGGGUCCGAGUAGUUUUUAAAGUUACCCUGAGGGUUGAGUGAAGGGAACCCCAUUCCUGCGGCAGUCUAGGUGGGGUUCACGCUAGGCGUGGUGUCCCCGGCUCUAGUUUAGUGUCCCAGCCCAGGAAAGUUCUUCUUUCAGAACUGAGCGCUUAUUCCCCUGGACCCUUGGUCACGAGACCGGGCCGGGGAAAGAGGCGACCACCUUCAUGGAAAAUGUUCCACUUUGGAUCCCGAGAGGAAAACAUACCAAGACUCCAAGCUGCACGCAAACAUCCUGAAACAGCCUUCUCCCUCCCUUUUUUUUCCGUUUAAACCGUCACCCAGUCCCAGUCUACUCUCAAAGUCCCCAGCUGAGACACACGUUAGGGUUACUGUGGUGGGUGGGAGGGGGCCACCCUUGGGGCUUCCUAUUCUAGCCAGCCGCUGGAGCUUUGGACUUGUGCGAAUGCAAAUUACAGUCUGUGGCGAUCACUGCCAGCCUGAGAUAAGAAAGAGAUGGGGCAGCUGCUUAUCUCCCCGUUAGCCUGCUGGAAGAAAACAAUCCAAAGAUGAGAGUGAUUCGUGUGGGUACCCGUAAGAGCCAGCUGGCGCGCAUACAGACGGAUAGUGUGGUGGCAACGCUGAAAGCCUUAUAUCCCAGCCUGCAGUUUGAAAUCAUUGCGAUGUCCACCACAGGGGACAAGAUUCUUGAUACUGCACUCUCUAAGAUUGGAGAGAAGAGCCUGUUUACCAAGGAGCUGGAACACGCGCUGGAAAGGAAUGAGGUGGAUCUGGUUGUUCAUUCCCUGAAGGACCUGCCCACUGUGCUUCCUCCUGGCUUCACCAUUGGUGCCAUCUGCAAGCGAGAGAACCCCUAUGAUGCUGUUGUCUUUCACCCAAAAUUUGUUGGGAAGACGCUAGAAACCUUAUCAGAGAAGAGUGUCGUGGGAACCAGCUCCCUGCGGAGAGCUGCCCAGCUGCAGAGAAAGUUUCCACAUCUGCAGUUCAAGAGUAUUCGGGGAAACCUCAACACACGACUUCGGAAGCUGGAUGAGCAGCAGGAGUUCAGUGCCAUCGUCCUGGCUGUAGCAGGCCUGCAGCGCAUGGGCUGGCAGAACAGGGUGGGACAGAUCCUGCAUCCUGAGGAAUGCAUGUAUGCUGUGGGUCAGGGGGCCCUGGGCGUGGAAGUUCGAGCUAAUGACCAGGACAUCUUGGAUCUGGUGGGGGUGUUGCAUGAUCCUGAGACUCUGCUUCGCUGCAUCGCUGAACGGGCCUUCCUGAGGCAGCUGGAAGGAGGCUGCAGUGUGCCAGUGGCAGUGCAUACUGUUAUGAAGGACGGGCAACUGUACCUGACUGGAGGAGUCUGGAGUCUGGACGGCUCAGAUAGCAUGCAAGAAACCAUGCAAGCCACCAUUCAUGUCCCUGCCCAGCAUGAAGAUGGUCCAGAGGAUGAUCCACAGCUGGUGGGCAUCACUGCCAGGAACAUUCCACGAGGAGCCCAGCUAGCUGCUGAGAACUUGGGCAUCAGCCUGGCCAACUUGUUGCUGAACAAAGGAGCCAAGAACAUCCUGGAUGUUGCACGACAGCUUAAUGAUGCCCAUUAACUGGUCUGUGGGGCGCAGGUGUCUGGACUGCCACUGUCAAGUGCCUACAUCCCAGUCGUCCGUGCCCCAUUUUCACUGCUAACUGGGUAGUGACUACCCCAGGGGAUCGAACUGCAGGGUCAGAGACCUCGAGGGACUUGCCUCUUGCCCCAUCACUAGGUGGGGGCUUCAUCUCCUUAGAGAUAAAGUCCAAACCACAAGUUUGAAUGUAACUAACUCUACUAAUAAAUCAGCUCUGAAGGU